AAGAGCAAGGCGACGAAGAUCAAGCGUAACCUAUCAACUACUUUUGUUGUUAAGUGGUUUCAAAUUCAUUUUAAAAGUCAUUGUUGAAAAUGUCCAGAACCCAAAUGCUGAGACUAUUUGUCCAGCAGUGUCUGACUGCGGCUGCUGAGGAGAUCUUUGGAUUGUUUGAAAAAACCAUUGAGGAGUAUGAAGAACAGAUAGAUCGCCAACGCAGGCUGCUGGCGCAUGUGACAAAUGCGAGCGAAAAAACAGAUCCUCCACAGUUGUUUGACCAUAAAGAAGUUCCUUCUGAGCAGCAGGAGUGGACAACCAAUCUGAGCCAGGAGGAGCUAGAACCCACGCACAUUAAAGAGGAACAGGGGGAACUCUGGACCAGUCAGGAGGAAGAGCAGCUUCAAAGAAUACAGGAGCCAGAUAACACCAAGUUACCAUUCCCUCCUGUCCCGGUGAAGAGGAAAAAUGCUGAAGGGAAACCCCCUUCCUCACAGCUUCAUCAAUGCCAAACUAAGGAGAACAAACAGGCAGAGUUGUCAGCCAGCACUUCAUCUGAACAGAUGAAAACAGAACAUGAUGGAGAGGACUUUGGACUUUCAGAACCAGCCAGUAACCUAGAUCAGGACGGUGAUUUAGAACCAACUAGUGAUGGUGAGCCCUGCCCUUUAGACUAUUGUGAAAGUGAGACUGAAGACAGCGAUGGUGACAUGAACAAAACUAGAGAACCUUGGUCCGGUUUGGAUGCAGAAGAUAAUGAAAUAAGUCAUCAGAUAUCUAUUAAGAAAAAACCUUUCAUUUGCUCGGUCUGUGGUAAAGGGUUUGCUCAAAGAGGACAAAUCCAGCCACACAUGAGAACACAUACUGGAGAGAAGCCCUUCAGUUGCACAAUCUGUGGUAAAGAGUUUUCUCAAAGAGGACAAAUCCAACCACACAUGAGAACACAUACUGGAGAGAAACCUUUUAGUUGCUCAAUCUGUGGUAAAAGAUUUUGUGAAAGAGGACAUUUGCAGACACACAUGAGAACACAUACAGGAGAAAAAUCUUUUAGUUGCAUGAUCUGUGGUAAAGGGUUUUCUCAAAGAGGAAAUAUGCAGAGACACAUAAGAACACAUAUAGGAGAGAAGCCAUUAGUUGCACAGUCUUUGGUGAAGGGGUUUCUAGAUGAGGAAAUGUGCAGACAUUGGAAAUUGUCCGGAAAUCAGUUUGAUGUUAGAAAGCCAAUGACUAAUGAGCUAAUGAACAACCUUUUCAAUGAUUUUACUCCAGCCCAGCUGGUGGCGAUGCUGAGACUGGUUGUCCAGCAGCGUCUGACUGCGGCUGCUGAGGAGAUCUUUGGGGUGUUUGAAAAAACCAUUGAGGAAUAUGAAGAAGAGAUAGAUCGCCAGCGCAGGCUGCUGGCACAUUGGGAUUUGCCUUGGUGUGACCACAAAAUUCAGCCCCUAAACAAGGACGUCUUUCUCUGCCUGGAUCCUCCACAGCUGUUUGACUAUAAAGAGGAGGUUCCCUCUGAGCAGCAGGAAUGGACAGACAAUCUUGGCCAGGAGGAGCUAGAACCCCCACACAUUAAAGAGGAACAGGAGGAACUCUGGACCAGUCAGGAGGAAGAGCGCCUUCAAAGAAAAGAGGAGGCUGAUAACACCAAGUUACCAUUCCUUCCUGUCCCUGUGAAGAGAGAAAAUGAUGAAGGGAAACCUGAGUCCUCACAGCUUCAUCAAAGCCAAACUGGGGAGAACAAACAAACAGAGCCUUCAGCCAGCAAUUACGCUGAACAGAUGAAAAUAGAAUCUGAUGGAGAGGACUUUGGACUGUCAGAACCAGAGGACAGUGAUGAUGACUGGAACAAAACUAGAGAACCUUGGUCCAGCUUGGAUGCAAAAGAUAAUGAAAUAAGUCAGAGAUCUGUAAAGAAAAAACCUUUAAUUUGUUCAGCCUGUAAUAAAGGGUUUACUGAAAGAGGAAACCUCCAACGACACAUGAGAACACAUACUGGAGAGAAACCUUUCAUUUGCUCAGUAUGUGGAAAAGGGUUUUCUCAAAAUGUACAUAUACAGGCACACAUGAGAAGACAUACUGGAGAGAAGCCAUUUAGUUGCACAGUCUGUGGUAAAGGGUUUAGUCAAAGAGGAGAACGCAAAGAACACAUGAGAACACAUACUGGAGAGAAGCCCUUUAGUUGCUCAGUCUGUAGUAAUACAUUUUCCCAUAAAGGAACUCUGCAUAGACACAUAAGAACACAUACUGGGGAGAAACCUUUCACUUGCUCAGUUUGUGGUAAAGCGUUUACUCAAAAUGGACAUAUACAGGCACACAUGCGAACACAUACAGGAGAGAAGCCAUUCAGUUGCACAAUCUGUGGUAAAGGGUUUUCUCAAAAUGGAAAUAUGCAUGUACACAUGAGAACACAUACUGAGUAGUUCGUUCAAGAGAUUAACACACAAAUGUAGUUACGCAAGUGACACCAUAGACAUCAAACAGUCAUGACAAACAUUCAUAUCACUCACGCUCAUGAAUAUCCAAAAGGUCAAGCGUUUCUUUUUUACGUAUCAUAUUGUUCGACAUGGAGGGCAGUCACAAUUUUCAUAGCUGUGUCUUUUUUGGAUCUUGGUUCUCUUCCAACUUCAUAUCAAAUUUAACUUAUAGAAUUCUCAUUUUCAUUUCAACCUGUAGAAUUUUCAUUUUCUUCCUUCAGAUAUUUCAUUUUAUGCUCUUGAAGUUCUCUGGCUAACUUUUUUUUCUGAUUUUUUUC